GCAUCUGCAAGGGUGAUAUACGGAUCUGUUUAUAAUUAAAUCUUAACCAUGGCUUCCAAAGUGAGCCACAAGGAAGCUCAUUUCUUGGAAAUGAAAAAGGCGAUUAUCCUUCAUCUUAUGACUCUGGGGUUUGAUUCAAGGAAAAUGGAAAAUAAAUACAGUUGCCGUUUGGACGAGAAUAUGUUUGACAAGCCAAACAAACGAGCUUUUGAAGUAGUUUUUUAUUUCCUUUUCUGCAAGCUGGAUAGUUCACAAGCUGAACAGCUUUUCAGGUUGUGUUUUCCUGGUAUAGAUAAGCAAGCAACGCUAGAGUUUCGAAAGCGAACUUUUGCAUGGUUGAAACGAAUUGCUGAAGAAAACCCAAAGUGUGGCUUGAAAGUUUCUUCUACUCUUCUCAUGUCACCAGGCGGAUGGGAAUUCGUGCAUUUUGUUUUCCUAUUCACUCAGUUUGUUUUACUUAAACUGUGCAGAUCCAAAAUUUCUUCAGAGGGAAGUUUGCAAACACUUAUUCUGUCAAAAAACAAGCGUCUCGCUCAAGUACAAAAUAAAGUGUUGCAAGCAAGAAGUAUUAACAUGCAUAAAGGAAUAGUUAAAGAUGUUCGUGUAUUUAGCAGAGGUGACAAUGAUAUUCAUAACGCCUUUCAACAUAUGUUAAACACAUAUCAUGAACUACAACAAGAAAAAGCUGCUGCAACUAAAGCAAUUUUAAAAUACAAGAAAUUACUCAAAUUAGAUGCAAAAAAGCAAGAAGACUUAAAGGCCUACCAACAGCGGCUUAAUAAAGGAAUUAAACAACUUCGUGGAAUGUGGGGCAAAGUAACAAGUGCUGUUGUCGACACUAGAAAUUCAAGUGAAAUCCUAGCAAGUGUUAUAGAGGAUAAAAAUCAUAAAUUAGAAGCUGAAAAACUGACUUUACAAGUUCCAUCUAGGCUUGUCAAUGAAUACACAGAAGAAAUUUACCAAACUGUUGGGUCAAGUUUGAUUCAAUCCGGAAAAAUUAAUCUCCUGAGUGUGGGGUCUAUCACCACAUUUUCGUUCAUGUCAAUACGUGACCAGUUGCACAAAUAUGGAUUGCCAAAUUUUGAGACUCAGGUUCCAUUUCUUAAAAUUCAAGCUGAAUUGCAUCAAGAACAGUUAGCAAAACUAUGUGACAUUAAGUCAGAGGCUAUAAGCGUUAUAAAAUCUGCGGAAAAAAAUAUUUCUAACCUGGAAGAAAUGUUGGAUGCAAAAUAUAAAAUACAUUCUUACUCAUCGGAUUUCAGCAGCACUACUGAUCUCCAAAGUGAUGAAACAGACGUUAGUAACGUAACUUCAUCACUUUCAAACCAAACGGACUCAUUUGAAUCAAUGGAUGAUUCUGGCACCUCACUUGCUUUGAAGUAUCUGGUGCCAGCAGGUGUAAAUUUGGAUGACUUUCUGCAAGAGGUUGUUUCUGAGCCCCCUAUCUCACCUUGUACCCCAAGCACGCCAACCUCCGAAAAUAUAAAAUCCCCUGAUAUAACCACUUUACCUCAACCUGAACCUCAACCUAUCAGUCAAAAGAAAAGCAAAACCGCAAGCAAACUAAAACCACCCACCUCCAAACCAUUACAUACACAACCACUAUCUAAAUCACCCUAUACCAAGUCACCAUUAGUACAAGGAAUACAAACUGAUAGAGCAAGUAACAGGAUAAGUAUUGGCAGAAGAGUUGGUGGCUCCUACACACCAGAUCGACAUGGUGCAUCAGUUAAUCAGGGAAGGAUAAAAUCGCUGAAACAGAAAGGUCGUAAAUCAAUGUCUCUCCCUUCCUCUCCUCUUGUUACUAGGUCAGUAGGUAAAACUUUGGAAACGAGAGUGGAUGAAGAAGUUCCAACAGUGACACCAACCUGGGAGAAGCAUUUGAUUGACCGGAUUGUAAACCAAACCAUCAGCGAUGAUCUAAUAUCGCCACUGUUUGUAUACAAUCAAGAUGAAUUGGACCAAUCAGCAUUUGUAUCUGUUGAUAAACUGCCUCGUACACCAACUGAAUCAUUUUCAAAAUCAACAACUGAUAUUUGUGAAGACAAUGAUGGUGGAUUGGAAGCAGGCGGUUCAACUAACAAACUGAUCGAAAAUGAGCCCGGCCAUAUUUCUGAUGAGGAAUUGAACAAUUUAGAAGUUUCAGGAUUAAACCAUUUUACCCAUGAAAGUGAAAACCUGUUACUUAAUGAUGAGAAAUUGAACCACUCAGAAGUUGCAGAGACAAGUCAACUUCAGACAAGUCAACUUGUGACAGAAAUGGCCAAGUCAGCUUUCGAUAGUGAAGGAAAAUCAGUUGAUGAAGAAAGUAUAUAUCCAGAUUCGAUUGAGGAAGAAAAAAAUUUCUCUCCAAACUCCCCAACACCACAACAUACUUUACCAGUUUUUAAAACAGCUGAGUUUAACUUAGAAACUGAAUAUGAACAUUUUGUCAACUCAAGUGUCUCGAGCUGUGAUGAUUCUUCUCCAAAAUCUCCUGAAAAUGAUAUAUUUUCAAACUGGGAUACAGCAGGUUCAGCCAACAUUCUUGAUGUGAGCAAUUUAUCAUUAGUAGAUCUAGAAGAUUCUCCAGAAGAUCCGAAAGUUGGAGGUUGCAACUUAAUUGAUCUUGAUGAAACCAUAGGUGACUCAAAGAGUGAAUUAGCAGAAACCACAUCUUCCAAUCUACCUACUUCUACUUUAAAUUUAAUCGAUCUUUUGAUGGAUGAUGCCCCUCAACAAGAAAAUCUUGCUUCUAUUCUCCCCUGCAAUACUCUUGAGCAUGAUCUUUUUGAUUCUGCAGCUGCCCCGACAAGUCAAACUUUGCUAGAUGUUCAAACUCCUGAUAAGUUUGAGCAAACUGCUUCAGAUUCCCCUUUUGAACAUGAAUUGUUAGGCACUAAUGUUCCACUAGAUCUGUUAGGUUCAACAGUUACACCACCACGACCAACCCUAAGAGAAGUUCCAUUGAAUUUACUUCCAACUACUGAUUUAUUGAUCGGUUGUGAAACACCUGAUUUUGAGAGGUACCAGUCGGUUUUAAAAAGAAGAAAAUGAGUUUUUGUUACACUGUUAUACCUUUUGAGAUUUAUUCAAAAUCAAUAAAUAUUUGUUUCAGUUUAUU